GCUGCGCCCCGCGCGUCCCCGUCGUCGACCAGCCCUCAGCCGCUGUGUGCCCCUGCCGGACCCCGUCCGCCGCCCCUGCCCCGCCAAAUCCCCCGCGGCUGACCCUGCUCCACCUCCGCCCGUGCGCCGGGUGGACAUGUGAGCAGCGAGCAUAGAUGGAAUAGGCGUCGAUUUGAGAUCCAUGAAUGAAGGUUAGGAAAAAGUCAAGGGGUGGUGUAGAAGAGCCACAACAGCAGAAGGUUCAAAAAGAUAAAAGCCAGUUGUCUUCAGGGGGCCGCAAGAGGACCUUGAAAGAUGAAUUGGAAGAAAAACCUGAGAAGAAGAAGCUUACCCAUAGAAUUCACGAGAAGAGAAAGAAAGAGGUUAAGACUUUGCUGGAAACACCUCUUGAGGAGAUAGAUCCAAUGAAACUAAGUGCGGCACAUCACAGAUUGUUACAAGAGGCCAGAGAGCGUGUUCAUGCAAAAGAGAUUCCAUCUGGACCAUCCUUUAAUACAAGCUCUCGACUUGAAGAUUUGGAUGAUUUGUACUACAGUCAUGAGGAAGCAAGGAACUUCGAUAAUGACAGAACAGAAAACCACGUACAAAAUGUAUCAAAGUUGAAUUACCAUUCCUACACACAUACAAACCCGAGCAAAUGGUCAAAAUCUGAUACUGACUUGUUUUACCAGGUUCUUUGGCAAUUUGGUAGUGAUUUUGCAAUGAUACAACAAUUGGUCCCUGCUAAGACCCACCAUCAGGUGCGGGCAAAAUUUAAAACCGAGGAGAAAAAAACAUUGCAAGUUCAUGAUGCUAUGAUUCAUCAUUCAGGGAGAUCAUUUGUAUUUCAAAAAGGUAAUUGAGCAACUCAACAUUGAAGACAUGCUGCCAAAGAUUAAGAAUACACAUAAACAUGAAGGAUGCAUUGGAUGGUGUAAUCAACGAGGUGGGUGCACAUUGCUUUGAUGACGAGCAUGGUGUACAAAUGUCUGAUGCGCCAGAACAUGUUUCUGGAAAUGAUAACGAUGAUGAUCUUAGGGAUGUUUUUGAUUGGUACUAGACUACUAGCACGAUGUUUUUGAUUGGUACUAGAUUACUAGCAUGACAAUCACGAUGGAAAUUAGGAUUCGUCACGUGGGAUAUUAUGAUUAUGAUUCUGCUUACUUUGUGCUGUGUAGACAUGUUGUGUUAUCAGUUUCUUUAUCACAGCAAAACAAUCAAUGCAAACUCAUUUUCCUCA